AUGUUGGUUGUGCGCCCAGGGUGGAUCUCACGCGGCUCUCAGCCCGUUCUCAGCCUCGAUCGUGCGACGCUCAAGUGGCCGACGCUCGAUCCCCUGGUAGCUAUUGUGAUUGGGGGUGUGGAGAACAGGGCUUCCCGUCCGCUCAGCCUUAGUAGUAUGGUGGGUGACCACAUGCGAAUCCUAACUGUUGUAUGUAUUCUUUUUGUCCCUUUGUCUUUUUUUUCGGUCCAAUACAGUGAUCUCUUGCCGCAGUAUCUUUACGCCAUUCAGGCCUCUUCACCUGAAUACUCGAAACACCCCUAA